AACAAAAGAUGGUUUUGGAAAUGCUGAACCCAAUGCAUUAUAACAUCACCAGCAUGAUGCCCGAAGUCAUGCCUGUGGCCACCAUGCCGAUCCUGCUGCUCACUGGCUUUCUUCUUUUGGUUUGGAAUUAUGAAGACACAUCCUCAAUACCCGGUCCUGGCUAUUGCAUGGGGAUUGGGCCCCUCAUUUCCCACUGCAGGUUCCUGUGGAUGGGCAUUGGCAGUGCCUGCAACUACUACAACAAGAUGUAUGGAGAAUUCAUGAGAGUUUGGAUAUGUGGAGAGGAAACACUCAUUAUUAGCAAGUCCUCAAGUAUGUUCCACAUAAUGAAGCACAGUCACUAUAGCUCCCGAUUUGGCAGCAAACUUGGACUGCAGUGCAUCGGCAUGCAUGAAAACGGCAUCAUAUUUAACAAUAAUCCAACCCUCUGGAAAGCCAUUCGACCUUUCUUUACAAAAGCUUUGUCUGGCCCCGGCCUUGUGCGCAUGGUGACAAUUUGUGUUGGAUCCAUCAUCACACAUCUGGACAGGUUGGAGGAGGUCAGCAACGAAUUGGGUUACAUCGACGUGUUGACCCUCAUGCGGCGCAUCAUGCUGGACACUUCUAACAUUCUCUUCCUGGGGAUCCCCUUGGACGAAAGUGCCAUCGUGGUUAAAAUCCAGGGUUAUUUUGAUGCAUGGCAAGCUCUCCUUCUCAAACCAGACAUCUUCUUUAAGAUUUCUUGGCUAUACAAAAAGUAUGAAAAGUCUGUCAAGGAUUUGAAAGAUGCCAUGGAAAUUCUGAUAGAAGAAAAAAGACACAGAAUUUCCACAGCAGAGAAACUGGAAGACUAUAUGGAUUUUGCCACCGAGUUGAUCUUUGCUGAGAAACGUGGUGACCUGACAAGAGAGAAUGUGAACCAGUGCAUACUGGAAAUGCUGAUUGCAGCACCAGACACCAUGUCUGUCUCUGUGUUCUUUAUGCUAUUUCUCAUUGCAAAGCACCCUAAGGUUGAAGAGGCAAUAAUGAAGGAGAUCCAGACUGUUAUUGGUGAAAGAGAUGUAAGAAUUGAUGAUAUGCAAAAAUUAAAAGUGGUGGAAAACUUUAUCUACGAGAGCAUGCGGUACCAGCCUGUUGUGAACUUGGUCAUGCGCAAAGCCUUACAGGAUGAUGUCAUCGAUGGCUACCCAGUGAAAAAGGGGACUAACAUUAUCCUAAAUAUUGGAAGGAUGCAUAGACUAGAGUUUUUCCCCAAGCCCAAUGAAUUUACUCUUGAAAACUUUGCAAAGAAUGUUCCUUACAGGUAUUUUCAGCCUUUCGGUUUUGGGCCCCGCAGCUGUGCAGGAAAGUACAUCGCCAUGGUGAUGAUGAAAGUCGUCCUGGUUACACUACUGAGACGAUUCCACGUGCAGACAUUGCGAGGAGAGUGUGUUGAAAGUUUACGGAAAAAAUAUGGCUUGUCCUUACACCCAGAGGAGACUAGCAACCUGCUGGAAAUGGUUUUUAUCCCAAGAAAUCCAGAAAAGUGCCUCGAACACUAAAGAAGGCUGAUCAGUACCUACUCUGGAGCAUUUCUCAUUAGGAGUUC